UGCUAGCACCGGGUGAGAAACCUCCGAAGGAGCCAAGGACCCGAAUCGCGCUCGCUUCUCACUACAACAAGUUCAAGCUACUCUUGCAAAAAUGGGGCGAAUGUUUGGCGGCAUCACGACAACGUAUAGCUAGCGGCACUUCGCUAAUGGACGAAGAACGACAAGCUCAAUCAUGUUACUAUAAUGCCAAGAAGAAAAAGUUUACACACUUUGAAUGUUGGGAAGUGGUUAAAGAUCAUCCAUCUUUCGUUGCGGUGCUACCUACUACUCCAUCUCCAUAUGCAAGUAGUUACCACGGUACUCCUUCAGCAACUGAAUCAUCUCCAACCAUCAAUUUGGAUGACGACCAAUUGAAUGAGACACCUCAAAGCAACACGGCAACUCCAUCGAGUCCACCUAGACCAAUGGGAACCAAGGCGGCAAAGGAAGCUAGGCGCCAAAAGAAACAUGGUAAGACUCCUAUUGAGCAACGGGUGGAGGUUUUGCAUACCAUUGCAAGUGACCAAGCAUCAUGGCAUACCAAGAGGCUAGCCCAUAAUGAAAGUGAGCUUAAUUAUUAUGCGGAGUACAUAGACAUUCAAAAGCGAAAAGAAGCAAGGGCGGAAGAAGAGUUACGAUUGAAGAAACAAGAGAAUGACACAAGGAUCAUGACAAUGGAUUUGGAGGCUAUGACCCCAAUCUCGAAAAGGUAUUUUACCAAGAGGAAACUAGCAAUCCUUAAUGAAGGAGAAGCUAGUCAAGAUCAACCUACCGAUGAAACAUAUUCGGAUUGUUAUCACCCAAAUCGCGUGCUUUUUCCAUAGUAGUUAUAGUAUUGUACUAAGAAUAAAUCUGGGCUUGGCUCGUCAUUUUAUGUAAUUUAAAUUUUUCGAGAAAUAAAAUGCAAUUUAUUUAUUAAGUUGAAAUUGAAAUACACAUUAAAUUAAAACACAUACUGAAAUUAAACACAAGCUUAAUAAUUAAACACAAACAUCAUGAAAACACACAAUAAAACAUAUUUAAAGUAUUUCACCGGUUUCCACUCUCCAAAUGUGUUUCACCAAGUCUUUCUGGAGCUCUCGAUGGAUGUAAGCGGAUUCGAGAUCGGCAACACGGUCGUGAAACCGUUGUAUAUUAGCUCCAUCUCUACUGAUUGGCUCAAAAAGAACUCGAUUCCCUUGUGCAUUCACCGGCCCAUCAUAAACCCGGAAAGCCCUCGAUGGGUUUUGCAAGUCUUCUUCUUCUUCCUCAUCAUCAUCCUCAUCAUCCACAUACUCUUCCUCAACAAUCAUGUUAUGCAAUAUAAUGCAAGCUAACAUGAUGGUAGUCAUUACCGAUUUGUGGUGCAAUGUACAACUAUGACGUAUA